AUGGACCUGCCGUCGCCAUACGGCGUGAUGAAAACGGCUUUUGGGACCAUCAAGGCUGGCCUAAAACUCACCAUCACCAACUGCCUUCCUUGGCAGACCGUGAUCCGGCAGUGGUUUCGUGAAAUGCAGACUGACCUUCAUGCGCAGCAGGAUGCAGUAGCAUUUGCCGAGUUUUUGCUACGCCAAGCAGACAUCCCAGCUUUCCGGGGCACUUGGGAGGCCAGAACCUAUGAACGGAUCUUGAGUGACUCAGGUGUUUUGCCUAUUCGACUUGAGCUACGUACAGAUCUUCAGGCCUGCAUUGAUUACUGGCAUGAGCAGGCUGUGCGCUUCAUCCAGGCACUGCGUGUGCAGCCCGCAUUGCUCUUACUGCAAAUUUCGCGUUUUGACCCGGAGGAUCCACUUCGCAAAUAUGAUGCACCGCUUUUGAUUGAGGCAGGCCAAGUCAUCACCAUGCCGUGUUUCGACGAUGCACACAGCAUCAUACGCGUGCGAUACAGAGUUGCCGGUAUGAUUUACCACUGUGGACCCACCAUCCAUGCAGGUCAUUACCAGACGAACUAUCUCCGCGAGGAAACUGAGGCCACUAGCAUGGCCCUCCCGGAAGACAUUGAUCUUCUGGAAGAUGAUGUCCAGGAGGCCAGUGUGGAGAAGCUUUCUCAUGAGGCGGUGCCUUUUCCUGUCAGGGAAUCUGUUGAAGAGGCAUCCUCUUCGCGCGACUGUGCGCAUCGUGCAAAGAAGGCCAGAGCAAGCGUCACCCUGGGAGCCUGCUUUCGGGAUGUUGUCAAUUUCAACCUUGUGGAAACUGACGCUGCGCUUGAAGAAGUCAAAUGGACCAGAGCUUUAGAAAUGUGGCUAUUCGUGAUCAUGGAGGACUCCAGCUGUUCUGCGAUAGGAUCACGGAUUAGCCGCAAAAACGGAGCUGAUGCCAUGAAGUGCCUUCGUGAACUCUUCGGGAAGAAAGCAUCCAGUACCGUCGCAAAGCGUGGGAGUGCAAUGCAGAAGUUCGUUGUGUGGGUACACAAAGCUUGCCCAGGCGAGUGUGCCCUGCCUAUCACUUCAAAGCGUGUCGAUGAUUACAUCGAGCAACUACAGGAAGCUAAGGUCCGACCUGGAUCUUUCACAAGCUUUACUGAAGCUGUCAAUUUCUCAGUGCAUGUCGUUGGCUUGCCUUUCGAUUGUGACGGAUCUCUGAGGAACCCUUUCUCAGGAAAGCAGUUGUUCAGUCCUUGGGCUCGUGGGGCUGUUGCGCUGGAGAUACAGAAGAAAGCAGAGAGGAGGCAGAGCGCUGUCCUAACCACUGACAGCGUUCUUUACCUUGAGGCUUUCUUGAGCGACGAGGAUGAAGAUUUAGUCGACCGUUACGCUGCAGGAUGCAUGCUCUUCGGUUUGUUCAGCCGUAGUCGCAUUAGUGAUCUCAGAAAGGUCAAGGAUUGGAUUUUGGAUUUUGAUUGUUUGCAAAGCCACGGGCAAGGUUUCCUUGAGUGCAGCACUCGCAGUCACAAGACUGAGAAGGACGUCGCGGCCAUUGGUCUUGCCAUGCCCCUUGUUGCACCGGCUGUCGGCCUAGGUAAGGUGAGCUGGGCUGUUACAUUCAGCAAGGUUGCUUCUGCAGUAGGUUUGGGAUUCGUAGGUCGGCCUGAGGGGCCUUUGCUGCCCGCUCCGGACGUUACCGGAGGAUGGUUGUCCAGGUCGGUGACCACCUCCGAAGCUGGGGCUUGGCUCUGCAAGAUUCUUGAUAAGGGAGGGCAGCCAUCCCAAGGGAUCACAGGUCACAGCUUGAAAAGCACUACACUGACCUGGGCCUGUAAGUUUGGUUUCGAUAAGUAUUCCCGGUUACAACUUGGACACCAUGCCACUGGCGAAGGAACAUUGCACACCUAUGGCCGAGAUUACUUGGCGCCUGCCCUCAGGCGCUAUGAUGAAAUGUUGGCUGCAAUCAGAAACGGAACAUUCUUCCCGGACCUUACGCGCUCGGGUCGCGUGCGAGGCACUGCACAGGUUCCGAAGGUGGAGGUCUCUGAUGAUGAAGUGCCUGAUCCCGGGUUGACCAGCUUCGCUUCAGAAGGUUCUUUUGAGGCCAUUGGUGUAGCAUCCGCCGGAGAGAAGAGUGAUGAAGAUCAGGUUGCAGCACCCACUGACCAUGAGCUGUCCUCCUCGGACAGCAGUAGCUCGCAGGACGAAGUCGUUGCAGGCAGGGACCACCCCGACUUGGACAAUGACGAGAUGGCGUGUGCAGUCGCCCGUCCCAAGCCAAGUUGGGAACCUGGAUAUGUCAUGUACAAACAUGUUAGGACACAGGUCGUUCAUCUUUGCGCACAAGGCAGUUCGACCGGAGUUUUUGCGUGUGGGCGGAAGGUGACGUCCGAUUUCAAGGAGGUCGCCCAAACUAAAUUUUUGUCGUUUCGGAAGUGCAAGACCUGUGAAGGGGCAAAGCCGCUCCGCGAUCCAGGAGCAUUGGCCGAGGCCGUUAACGCUAUGAUGCAGCGAAAGUCGGCUGCAGAGAGUUUCUGA